AUGCUGCUAAUCUGGAAAAAGAGUACUCCCAAAAAACCAUCUAGGGAAUUGAAAAGGAAAAUUGACUGUACAAAAACGGUUCUUACUUCGUCGAAUGCCAAUACCGUGAGGAGUACUCCAAGGAAACCCCGAAAGACAGGAGUGAAACUCCCGUACCGCGUGUUAAAAAGCGACGGGUUUCAGCUGCGAACGUAGAAAAAGAAAAUCAGAAGCUUAAAAGUCAAGUGGAAAGUUUGACGAGAGAACUAAAUGGAAAAAAGGCUUUGAUUGAAGAUUUACAGCAACAGCUGUCAAAGACUCAAACAGAACUUGAAAAAAAAUGCUGCGAACAACAGUCAGCAACUCAAUGCAAUGAAGAAAGCACUCGAAGGCCAAACUUUUAGUUAUGAAGCACUCAUGAGAUACCCAGAUAGAAUUUACUACAUGACAGGAUUAACACUUUCCGAAUUAGAUUGUCUAUAUGAAUGUUUGGAGCCUUUCUUGCACACAAUUGUUUAUCCUGAUUGUAACAAUGACGACUCGUCCCAUCUUAGAAAGCUGGACACAAAGACAGAACUUAUCAGUUUCUUGACAAUUUGUAGACAUGCAUUGGACCUUGGUGUUAUUGCAUGGAUGACUGGUUCAAGUAUCUCAACUAUGAGUAGAAUUUUUGUAGGAUGGUGUGUAUUCCUGAGCACCAUUUUUGAGUCUAUUGACCUGACCCCAUUACCUGGAUUUUUGAAUGACUAUAUGCCAAAAUGUUUUAUGGAGUCAGGAUAUGGUGAUACUGCUCUCAUAGGGGAUGCAACUGAAAUUUGGAUCUCCCAAUCAGAGAACUUUGAUAUUAAUAAUAUUACAUUCUCGAACUACAAGAACCACACUACAGGGAAGAUAUGUUUGUGGACCCUUCCUCCUGGUUUUUUACUCAAAUGUACCGAUGCAUUUCCUGGCAGCAUUAGUGAUGCUGACAUAACAGAGCAAUCAUGUGUGCUAGAUACAGUUACAAAAGGGAAGACAGUUAUGACUGAUAAGGGCUUUAAUAUCACUGAUAUUUGUCAUGAGAAAGGCCUGUUACACAAUAGACCUCCAAUGAAAUUUUCGCAUCAAUUUGAUGAGACUGAGGUAAAGAAAGAACUUUGA